AUGUUUUAUUGUAAACCUGUAUUAAGAGACUCACUGUCUUAUGUGACCUUCUUAAGAAAGUCCCCUGUAGGGUCACAUAAGACAGUUUUGACUGUAUGUGAAACAUGCUACAAACAUCACAGACGUGCACGUCCAUUACGAAAUCAUGUCCUCAUUGACAAAGAAUCCAUGCCAAAGACCCGGGCAAUUGCAUCUUCAACAUCGGACGAUACGGCAGAUCUUUGCGAGAAACACCUAGAUAAACCAUUAGAAUUUUAUUGUAGAGAUCACAAUUUGGUGGCUUGUUAUGUUUGUGUAACCCUGGAACACAAACAGUGUAACGUCGACUAUAUUCCUGAUGUUUCUGGAAACAUGUCUGUAGAGAUGACUGAUAUAUUAGAACAAAUGGAAUCGUUGAUUAAAAGAUGUAAAUCGAAUGUAGAAUAUGUUAGCAAAGCUGCGCAAAAUCUAGACCUGAGUCAUGCCAAAGUUGUUGAAGAUAUGAAAGCCUUCAGGAAAGAAAUAAAUGAAUGUCUGGACAGAAUUGAAACUCAGAUAUUAAAAGAAGCUGACACAGCUGUAAGAAAUGCAAAAUGUAAACAGGAAACCGUAUUAAAUGCUUGCUUAGAGAUAACUGAAGAACUUGAGUGUUCACAUUCGUUGUUAAUUGCAUUAAGAGAAGAAAACAAGCAAAACAAGCUUUUCAUUGAGAUGAAAAACGCCAAAAAACGUCUGUCGAUAUUGACAGAUAAGGAAGUGCAAGUAUCAGAUGCAAAUACAACAAUUAAAUGUAUCCAAUUUACAAGGAACGAGAGCCUCUUAGAUCGACUGAAGAACGAGAAUGAAUUUGGAACAUUGUUGAAAGGUGAACAGCCGUCUCCAGAUAAAACAUUAUUUUUAGAAUAUGAUGAUACACUUAACCUUAAGUAUAAAUCUGAUAAGAAACAAUGUCACAUCUCGGGUAUAGCUGUGAUUGCUCCUAUGAAAAUUAUUGUUGCCGACAAUGCCAACAACAGUAUCAAAAUGAUUGACAUUGAGAAAAAAUCAGGUAUAACAGAGGUAAUUUUGUCUUCACGACCAGCUGAUGUUGUAACUAUUCCAGAAAAUAAACUAGCUGUGACUUUAAGAGAUGAAAAGUGUAUCCAAUUAUUGUCUCAUACUGAAGUAGAACUUUCAUUAGAUCAACGUAUAGAUGUAAGAGAAUAUUGCAAUGGUGUAGCUUAUUGCCAGAAUAAGUUUGUUGUCAUUUGCUACUUAUCAAAGAAAAUAAUUAUUGUUAAUCAUGAAGGCGAUAUUCUCAAUGUCUUUGAUUUUCCUAGUUUGUUUUAUGGACCAGUCAGAGUUUCGGUCAGAAAUGAUGAAAAGUUCUUAUAUGUUUCAGAUACGGAUUUAAAAAACAAUAGCAAGGUGGUGAAAAUUGAUUGGGAAGGAAAUGUUAAAAGUAUUUAUGAAGACUCGGAAUGUAAAGUUCCUUGUGGUCUUCAUUUGUUAGAAGAUGACACGGUACUAGUGUGUUACAGAGACAGUAACACUGUCCUGAGAUUGUCGAGCAGCUUACAAAGAUGUAAGAUUAUUGGACUAGAUACAGCAAAUAUUUAUUUCCCAACAGCUGUAUCAUAUUGUGACAGGGAACAAGAACUGUACGUUUGUUGUUCAUCAGUGAAAGAAGACUGGCGGGCUGAUAUUGUGAAAGUAUUCCAUGUGUAUUGGAUCUAG